AUAAACCAAGAUCUUACCAUGAUUGCAAUUUUAGAGAGACGCAAAAGUACAAGCCUGUGGGGUUGCUUCUGCAACUGGAUAACUAGCACCGAAAACCGUCUUUACAUCGGAUGGUUCGGUGUUUUGAUGAUCCCUACCUUAUUGACCGCAACUUUCAUAUUUAUUAAUGCCUUCAUCGCUGCCCCUCUAGUAGAUAUUGAUGGUAUUCGUGAGCCUGUUUCUGGUUCUUUACUUUAUGGAAACAAUAUUAUCUCUUGUGCCAUUAUUCCUACUUUUGCAGCGAUCGGAUUGCAUUUUUACCCAAUUUGGGAAGCUGCAUCUGUUGAUGAAUGGUUAUACAAUGGUGGUCCUUAUGAGCUAAUUGUUCUACACUUCUUACUUGGUGUAGCUUGUUAUAUGGGUCGUGAGUGGGAACUUAGUUUCCGUCUGGGUAUGCGUCCUUGGAUUGUUGUUGCAUAUUCAGCUCUUGUUGCAGCUGCUACUACUGUUUUCUUGAUUUACCCUAUUGGUCAAGGAAGUUUCUCUGAUGGUAUGCCUUUAGGAAUAUCUAGUACUUUCAACUUUGUGAUUGUAUUCCAGGCGGAGCACAACAUCCUUAUGCAUCCAUUCCACAUGUUAGGUGUAGCUGGUAUAUUCGGCGGUUCCCUAUUCAGUGCUAUGCAUGGUUCCUUGGUAACCUCUAGUUUGAUCAGGGAAACUACUAAAAAUGAAUCUGCUAAUGAGGGUUACAAAUUUGGUCAAGAGGAAGAGACUUAG